AUGAAGCUGGAUGACAAAGAUAAGGAGUUCAUUGAUAGGAUCUACAGGGAGGAAUACGGCGACAAUGCGGACCCAAUAGCCACUUUCCGAGACAAGUAUAUCGCCUCUCAAGAGCCCAUUCGAGUUGAGAAGGAUCGAGUGCUGUUACCGCGUGAUCGAGAGGCAUCGCGACAAAGUAACUGCUCCUCUAUGAAGUCUUCCGUCGUCCGUACUCUACUCUCUAAGGAGAUAAGAAGGAGUGAUAGACUGAUGACUCUUCAAAGGAAGCAUGCUAAAUUCAUUGCCUCUACUUCUAUUGGGCAGCAGUAA